GGUGUGGUCAGGAGGAGGAGGGCGCAGCAGGUGGCACUGCAGUUCAGAAGGGUGGCAUCAGGGUGCACGUACAAUGGGCACAGGAGGCUCUGGUUGUGUGUAGUGAUGCGAUGUAGUGAGGGACUCCGCAGAGGUCACAGAUAGCAGAGGGCGCUGACACAUGCUGAAGGGCAGUACUGAGACCCAGCUGCAGCACCCAGACUCACAGGAGAGCCCGACAGGCAUUGACACGAUCUCCGUCCAUUUAUCGCCCGGAGUAAUGGAGCCAGUACCAGCCGCAGUCAAUGGGGGGCGCAGUCUAGCCCCCCUGGUCCAGCAGCCUGCGGUGAAAGCCGUGCACGUGUACAGGAAUGGGGACCUCUUCUACCGCGGCCGCCGCAUGCUGAUCCAUGAGAAGAGGGUGGGCAGCUUCGACAUCUUCCUGAAGGAUGUGACUGGCAAGGUGCAGGCGCCCUUCGGGGCAGUACGGAACAUUUACACCCCGAGACAUGGGCACCGGGUGACCUCUCUGGAGGAGCUGCAGCCCGGAGAAUACUACGUGGCCGGAGGGAAGGAGAGCUUCAAGAGGCUGGACUACAUUCAUAUUGGAGAGAUCAAGAAAAAGCCUGUAGACCCCAUGAGCCAGGUGAAACCUGUGUCCCACAGCAGAAUCAAUGUAUCGGCAAGAUUUAGAAAAAAUCUUCAAGAGCCGUGUACUGUGUUCCUUAUUGCUAAUGGUGAUAUCAUGAACCCAGUGGUGCGUUUAUUGAUACCUGGGAAAGUCCUGGAUCAGUGGGAAUUUGUUCUUGCCUUGGUUACAGACAAAGUGAAACUCCGAAGUGGAGCUGUACACAGAUUAUACACAUUAGAAGGAGUUCCCAUUCAAGAUGGCUCUGAAUUAGAAAAUGGACAGUUUUACGUUGCAGUCGGCAGAGAAAAAUUCAAAAAGUUGCCAUACAGUGAUCUGAUAUUUACAAAGUCAUCUGUUAGAAGGGCACAAGGUUCUAAAGCAUCGUCAUUGCCUCCCAUAAAUGGAUAUAGAAAGUCUAAGGAGAAUAGGCAUGAGCGUCACGUCAAAUCUACUGGAGGUUCUGCUGAUACCGUGGAAAAUCUCAUAUCUCCUCAACCACCUAAGACAAAAGCAAAGAGAAAUCCGGAACCUCACGUUCUCCACAAGCCUGUCCGUGUGAAGCAGAAAAAAACAAUAGUAAUGAAUAAUAAUGUUGAAUAUCAAGAAAAUGAUGAUGGCAUUUUCAAAGCUGGCGAAGACAGAUCAGAAAUGUGGGGGGCAUCAGAAGUUCAGGAAGAUGAAAACACUAAAGUGGAGGUUCCGGUUGAUCAGAGAGUAGCUGAAACAGUUGAAGAAGAAGUACAAGACAAUGAGGGUCAAGAGGAUGAGGAGACUGCUGAAGAUGCAGAAGAACAGGAAGAUGACCAUAAUAAUGUCCAAGCAGAUCACCUCCAUGAGGAAGAAACAGGUGAAAAUGAGGAACAUGGUAUGGUAAGUCAUGAAGGCGAAGCAAAUAAUGGGAAGAUGCACAAUGAUUCAGAAGAUGUGAUUGAUAAUUAUGGAGAUGGACAUUGGGAAGAAGAUCAGCAAUUAAAUUCAGUAGACACACAUGGUGAAGGCAUUGGGCAAAUUAACAAUGAUAUUUAUGGGAGAGAAGAAGAUGAAGAUGAAGACCACGAUGGAGACAGAAAUGAUCAAAGUCAGGCUGAAUAUUCACUUCCAAGACCAACAUCCUCAAGACUUCUGGAGAAGGUCUCCACUCCUAGUGAAGAUGAGAAGAAGGAAUUUGUUGCUGCAGUCUAAACUGAAGAAGAUGACCCUUGUUCUACAAUGCUACCUUGAUACUUGAAUCUGCAUGUUUUAUUGUAUCAUUACAAUGCUGGAGGAUUAUACUAUAUGUUUGUAGACGUGUGUAUUCCACUAUACACACCCUCAUAAUGCUUCAGAAUAUGCACUGUUUCUAAGGCAGGUUAUUUUUUAUCAAGAAUGUCGUUCCUUUCUAUUUAUUAGGUUACUUUUUAUAUCGCCAGAUGUUUUGUAAUCAUAAUUUGAACGUUUUGUGAAGCCAUAUUACAUUACCUGUACCAUUGCACUAUUCCCAGUCUCUUCCUAUAUAGACAUUGCUCGUUGCUUCUUUUAUUACAUUUGGUGUACAAGUCAAUGAAAGAUAACAAAGUAACAUACGGCAACCAAUCUUUACUUUUCUAAGUUGUCAUACAAGAGGGUGUAAUCCCAUUAGUUGCUAUGUGUCACAUCUUGUUUUCUUAGCUACCUAUCCUCCAGACAGACAUAUAUUCCAAUACAUUUAAUAGAAUUUUACGUAAUAUAAUUAUAAUACAUAGUAGUCAGUAUUUGGUUCUCAAUCAGACACUGAACAUACAGCCAGGUUCUCGUUAUAUUCAUCCUAGGAGACAAUGCUCAGGCUAAUUAGAAAACAUCUUCCAUCACUAUUGCUAUUAUACGUUAUACAACACCAUGUGGCGCCCGUUGACAGUAAUUUACGUUGUGCAUGUAAAGAUUUUAUGGUCUCUGUUUACUAGCUGUAAUGUCUGCCAGUGAAUGCAGACACAGGACAAAUAACGACCUAUGUUCCCUUCUGAAAGUUUACUGUGGUCACCAGGUUGAAAUGUUCUAACAUUUCUUCAAGAACUAGAAAUCCUUUUACACUAAGAAAGAUAAAUUCCGGACAUGAGUGUACUGGGCCCGCGUCAUUAUUAUGCAACUUUACUGAAAAUUACAUAAUGUAGUUCUCUUGAUGAAAUGGAGAUAACGCACAUGGACAGAUUAUCCAGAAACCUCAAUGAGAAUACAAAGAGACAGUUUGUACCCAUCUAGGCAGAUAUAAUCUGACCCAUUUUGUUAAUGGCUGAGAGCUCAAGUGCUAAAAAAAAAUAGUUUCUCAACAUGCACAAUUUGCGGAUUAUCCCUGUAGAUGCUAGAGGCGGGCGACCAAGUGUGUU